UAUGCUGGACUGGAUUUUAUGUAGAAAGCAGCAAUACGCUUCAACACCCUGAUUCAAUCAAAGUUUUUGAUACGUAUGUACUAUGGAAGUCAAACAAGCGUGCAGAUAAAACAUGUGGUCAUAGCAGGACUACGAACAUAUGUAAGCAAAGAGGCAUGCGCCGCAAUCAAUAUAUCCUUUGUUGAGCAUAUAAUUGUUGCCUCUGCCCCGCAAACCCAAGCUAAACAUUGCACCAACACCAAUUUCCCGCUGACAUGGAGCUUGUCGUGAUCAUAUUCAGUUGCGUCUUCUUUUACUUGCUCACUAGUCUGAUAUAUAAUCUAUACUUCCAUCCCCUAUCGCACUUUCCAGGCCCCCUGCUAUGGCGCGCUUUUCAAUUCCCCUCUCUAGCAGCCAUGUUGGCCGGGAACUUGCCAUACAAAGUUCAAUCACUCCAUGAAAAGUAUGGACCUAUCGUUCGAGUUGCACCCAACGAGCUCUCGAUCGUCGAUGAUCGAGCAUGGAAAGAAAUCUUCCAACGCCGCGACUUCCUCCGUCCCCCUCAGUGGGGGGCCCGCCCGCCAGGUGUGAACGCACAUAAUCUAGUAUCAGCGCCAGCAGAUAUACACGCCAGAUUCCGCAAAGCAUUGUCACCCGCAUUUUCUGAACAAAGUAUCGCAAGCUACGAGCCGCUGAUCCGGGAGUACUUCGAUGUACUUAUCGCGAAGCUAGCCAAAACGGCACCGGAUACUUUCGAUAUGGUCGCGUGGUUCAACUACACAACUUUCGACAUUAUCGGGGAUUUAUGCUGGGGCGAAUCUUUCAAUUGUCUGGCGAGCGGACAGGGCCACGCUUUCAUAUCAGUUCUACUGCACUUCAAAGCUGCGACAAUCGCCACCGCGAUCAAAUACUACCCAGCCAUCGAUGCUCUCAUCCCGUAUAUCACGCCAAAAUCCGCGCUUACCAUGCUGCACAACGUGUUUGAUACAGGACAUCAAAGCAUACAGAGGCGUAUACAAGAUGAAGCCAAAUCAGAUCAAUCUGAUAUCUUGGGUCACGUUCUGCGAUACAACAAGAAUAACCCAGUGUCGUUGCAGAUGUCGCAAGAAGAGAUCGAGUUCAAUGCACUCACAAUGAUUAUUGGUGGUAGCGAGACUCUUACAACCGCACUCUGUGGCGCCCUGUAUCAGCUGGUAUCUCACCCGUCUUCUUACCAGGCUCUGGUGACUGAGAUAAGAUCUACAUUCCAGUCCGAAAAGCAGAUCUCGGGAGCCACCGUCAAGCCUCUGCCAUAUCUAAACGCAGUCAUCAACGAGACUCUGAGAUUGUGUCCGCCAUUUCCUGACCUUAUGCGACGCGCAGUGCCGAAGGGAGGCGCUACUGUGGCAGGGCAUCAUUUUACGGAAGGGACCGUUCUGGGAGUUGCCUGCUGGCCUAUGUUUCAAUCCAGCAAACACUUCUCUGAUCCCGGAAAAUUUGCUCCCGAGCGGUGGCUACAUGAUGCAGGAGAUGAGAAUCUGAGCCACAAUGGCAACGCUUUCUAUCCGUUUGCUUUAGGCCCACAUGGCUGCAUCGGCCAGUCUUUGGCUCUUUUAGAAAUGCGACUACUGUUGGCAUUGCUGUUCUUUCACUUCGACUUUGACAGCCCGCGAGGCGGUUUUGAUUGGGAUUGGAAUGAGCAGAAGAUUUACUGGACUUGGGAGAAAAAGCCACUGUCGAUCAACGUUAGGAAGCGGCUAUAA